CUCCUCUCCCUGUCUGUCCCGUAGCAGCUGUCACCUAAAUCUUAAUCACAGGCCAAGCAAACCCUUGAUCGACGGUCCAAAGUACUCACGUACAUCCGCUGUCACACGGUUCUUCCGCUGUCUCGCGUCGAUCCUCCCUAGUCUCCAGUGUUCCCCGAUCCCACCCCGGCUCUCUCUCUCUCGGUCGCUCGCUCGCUCGCUGUAGUCUUCUUUCUCUCUUACUCCACUCAAAGCCUUCUCUCCCUUCUUCAAUGGCGGCCGCUGCGGCCGAACUUUGAAACCCUCGCUGCGAAGCGAGAAGGGAUCAAUAAAUCGAACAAGACUCGUUCAAUCGGAGCUAGCAUGGUGGUAGUGGUGGUGGCCGCGUAGAUGGGUUCGCUGGAGACGGGGGUUUUGCAGAAGAGGGCGCCGCUGCUCCGGUCGUCGCCCUCGGCCGGCGUGCGGUCCUUCUUCCACCGGCCGAGAUCCAGGCUAGCUCGGUUCCUCCUCUUCGAGAAGGUCGACUACCUGCAAUGGAUUUGCACCAUGGCCGCGUUCUUCUUUGUUGUCAUUCUCUUCCAGGCGUUCUUGCCCGGUUCUGUGAUGGAGAAAUCGGGGGGUUUGGGUUUGAAUAUGGGUUCGGGGGAGGGGGAUGGAGGGGUGCUGGAAAGGAUCGAUGAGUUGGAUUUUGGGGAGGGGAUCAGGUUCGUGCCGUCGAAGCUGCUGGAGAGGUUCGAGAAGGAGAGGAAGGAGGCGAAUUUGUCAUUGAUGGCUUUGGGGAGGCCGGUAAAGCAGGUCGGGCUUCUAAAGCCGCGGCUGGCGAUGGUGGUUCCGGAUCUGUCGUCGGAUGCCAUGCAGUUGCAGAUGGUCAGCAUUGCUGCUGCUUUGAAGGAGAUUGGCUAUGAUAUUGAGGUUUUUUCAUUUGAAGAAGGCCCUGCUCUUGCUGCUUGGAGAGCUGUAAGAAUACACGUUUAUUUUCUGCCAAUCAGUACAAAAGCAGAGAUUGCUGUUGAUUGGCUUGACUAUAAUGGCAUUCUUGUGAGUUCUCUUGAGGCAAAGCCUGUACUUUCAUGUCUUUUGCAGGAGCCUUUCAAAUCUAUACCCAUCAUAUGGACUAUACAUGAAAGGUCCCUAGCUCUUCGUCUUAGUCAAUAUGCAACAAAUGGCCAGGUUCAGCUUAUAAAUGACUGGAAACAAGUUCUUAGUAGAGCUACUGUUGUAGUGUUUCCAACCUAUUUAUUGGCGAUGAUGUAUUCAGGAUUUGAUUCGGGUAACUACUUUGUUAUUCCGGGUUCUCCUGCUGAAGCAUGGGGAGCAGAUAGAUUUUUUGCUAGCCACAGUGACCAUGAUUUAAGAGUUAAUAUGGGUUAUGAAUCAGAGGAUCUUCUUAUUGCUAUUAUAGGCAGUCAAUUUACAUACAGUGGUAUGUGGCUAGAGCAGGCACUCAUGUUGCAAGCAUUGGCACCACUGCUCAAAGAGUUUCCAUCUGAAAACACUUCUCAUUCUCCACUAAAAGUUGGCAUUUUGACUGGGAAUUCAACUAGCGCAUACAAGAUGGCUCUAGAGACCAUUGCUUUAGAAGUUGGUUAUCCAAGAGGCAUUGUGGAGCAUGUUGUUUUUGAUGAAGACAUGAACAGUUUUCUUGGAAUAGCAGACCUUGUAAUAUAUGGUUCAUUUCUUGAGGAGCAGUCCUUUCCUAAAGUGCUAAUGCAAGCUAUGAAUCUUGGAAAACUGGUUAUUGCUCCUGAUCUGGGCAUGAUUAGAAGAUAUGUUGAUGAUAGGGUAAAUGGGUAUCUUUUUCCAAAGGAGAAUAUUGGCAUGCUAACCGAGAUUGUACUUCAAGCAGUUUCAAAUGGAAAAUUGUCUCUAUCUGCCCGGAAAAUUGCAUCAAUUGGCAAAGUUCAUGCCAGAAACCUGAUGGCUUCUGAAAGUAUCCAAGGCUAUGCAUUUUUACUAGAAAAUAUUCUCAAAUUUUCAUCAGAAAUUGCAUCUCCCAAGGCUGCUGAAGAGAUCCCUUUAAGACUGAAAGAAGAAUGGCAGUGGCAUCUGUUCAAAAAUGUUGCAGACACAAAAAAUUUAAAUAGAAGUUUCAGAAGCUAUAUAUUAUUAGACAAGCUUGAAGAGCAAUGGAAUCAUAGUCAAAUGGAAAGCUCAGCUAAUACUACCUUGAUGGUUGAUGAAGCAUUCUCCUCAAUAGCUUGGGAGGAAGAAAAAAGAAUCGAGAUGGCUAGUUUCAGAAGGAGAUUAGAAGAAGAAGAGUUGAAGGACAGGAGUGGCCAGCCUCAUGGAACAUGGGAGGAAGUGUACCGGAAUGUCAAAAGGGCCGACAGGACAAGGAAUGAAUUGCAUGAGAGGGAUGAUAGGGAGCUUGAGCGGACAGGGCAGCCCCUAUGUAUAUAUGAACCUUAUUUUGGGGAAGGAACUUGGCCUUUUCUGCAUCAUACCUCACUCUAUCGUGGAAUUGGUCUUUCCUCCAAAGGCCGAAGACCUGGAGCUGAUGAUAUAGAUGCUUCUUCCCGUCUUCCACUUCUCAGCAAUGUGUACUACCGAGAUGUACUUGGUGAAUAUGGAGCCUUCUUUGCUUUAGCUAACCGGAUUGAUCGUAUACACAAGAAUGCUUGGAUUGGAUUCCAGUCUUGGAGAGCAUCUGCAAGGAAGGCUUGCUUAUCUAAGAAAGCUGAAACUGCACUUGUAGAAGCCAUUGAAGACAAGAGGCAUGGGGAUACUCUUUACUUUUGGGUUCGAAUGGACAAGGAUCCGAGAAAUCCACUACAAGUAGAUUUUUGGACAUUUUGUGAUGCCAUAAAUGCAGGAAACUGCAGAUUUGCUGUUUCUGAGGCUCUUCGGAGGAUGUAUGGUGCACAGCAUGAUUUGAACGCAUUGCCACAAAUGCCUGAUGAUGGAGAUUCUUGGUCUGUUAUGUAUAGCUGGGCCUUACCAACAAGGUCUUUUCUUGAGUUCGUCAUGUUCUCAAGAAUGUUUGUAGACGCAUUGGAUGCACAGAUGUACGAUGAGCACCAUCAAAGCGGGCAUUGUUAUUUGAGUGUAUCUAAGGACCGCCACUGCUAUUCUCGUGUGCUAGAGCUUCUGGUGAAUGUAUGGGCAUACCACAGUGCACGGCGGAUGGUAUUUGUGAACCCUGAGACUGGAGCAAUGCAUGAACAACACAAGCUGAAGAACCGGAGGGGUCAUAUGUGGAUCAGAUGGUUCUCAUAUGCCACCUUGAAGAGCAUGGAUGAGGAUUUGGCAGAGGAAUCAGAUUCCGAUCACCCUGAUCGGAGAUGGCUGUGGCCUUCAACUGGUGAAGUCUUUUGGCAGGGUAUGUAUGAGAGGGAGCGAAACUUGCGCCAGCAGCAGAAGGAAAGAAGGAAACAGCGGAGUAUAGAUAAGAUUCGAAGAAUACGGAAGCGAGCACACCAAAAAACCCUUGGAAAGUACAUAAAGCCACCACGCGAGGAGACUGGUGAUUUGAACACAACGAGAACUCUUUGAUCAUUAUUUACCAUACAAAUCUUUUAAUGAUUCUUUUUUCCCCAUUUUCCUAUUUUUUGUUUUCCCCCUACCUAGUUAUUGCAGGGUGCACAAAUGUGAUUAGAUUUGUACUCUUUUUCAUUUUGUUUUUAGUUUUUGCAGCAUUGUAUUCUUAUUGCUGAGUCUUGGAGCAAAUCCAAUGGCAAUUAAAGAUGUAAUUAUAUCAUUCCUUACCACUCCAUUGUUACUGUGCUGGUAGAGGGAGAACAAAAAAAAAGAAAACAUGAAUCAGACCUUGGGAACUAGGUUCGCUGUCCCAAAUGGAAAACUUCUCUGUUCUUCAAAA